AUGAUGGCGACAACAAAUAUAACGGGAAGUGGAACACAGACGACAGCAUUUGAAAGAUUGGUAUGCAGUCCGGUUUGGGUAGGUGAGUUUAAACAACAGUCCAUUUCAUUCUCGGCAGUCAACAUUCUCCUCUCCAUCACAGCAACUCUUGGGAAUUCUCUUAUCCUUGUUGCCCUUCACAAGGAAUCUUCUCUCCAUCCGCCAUCCAAACUCUUGUAUCGCUGUCUGGCAACAACUGAUCUUUUGGUUGGUCUCGUUACCCAUCCUCUCUAUGCUACUUAUUGGAUGUCCUUGGUUCACGAACAUUGGAGUCUUUGUCGAUACGCGAGGGAGGCAAGCUACAUAACAGGCUUUACUUUGUGUGGAGUUUCUCUGUUUACAAUGGCGGCCAUAAGCGUUGACCGACUUCUUGCCAUGUUGUUGGGACUGAGAUACAAAGAGAUUGUAACUUUAAGGCGUACGUACAUCAUUCUAGCUAUCUUUUGGGUUGUAUGUCUAGUCGCUGGUUUAUCCUCUCAUCUGAAUUAUCGUAUAACCUUUUGGAACACCCUUAUAAGUAUAUCAUCUUGCUUGGUAAUCUCAGCCGCCUCGUACGCAAAGAUUUUCCGCGCUCUCAGUCAUCAUCGAGCUCAAAUACAAGAUCAUGCUCAACAACAGCCGAGCCGACCAAAUGCACUGAACAUGGCGCGAUACAGAAAGGCAGUCUACAAUGCGCUGUGGGUGCAGUUAGCUUUAAUUGUCUGUUAUGUGCCACAAUUUACAGUGAGAAUUGUAAUCUUUCUUAGUGCAAAGAGAUUUUCGAAUUUCUUCUUAAUCUACGGAAUGGCAAUUGUCUUAAUGUUCUUUAACUCUACUUUAAACCCGUUCCUUUUCUGCUGGAAGAUAAGUGAAGUGAGACGAGCAGUAAAGCAGACAAUCAGACAAGCAAUCUGCUAUGCAUAG